UUUUAAAUGCAUACGAAAGUUAAAAUUUUACGAAUCGCAAUACAUUAUAUUUUAUUUUGGCAUAAUUAAUAAAAAAAUAUUUUAUUGUUGUAUACUUUAUAGUUUAUUCUAGGAUAUUAAAACUAUAUUUUUGCUGACUAACAUUAAACGCAACUACAGGGUAACAGCAGAAUGAGUAAUGUAGAUCAGAAUGUGAAAAUCAUUGCGGAUAAAAUAACCACGCCCGAGAAUAAUAAUUGCAAUAUAAAUACUACAACUAUAAUUAGUAUAAUAGACAAAUAUGGAACUAAUGAUGAUGGUCAAAAUAAAUUAAUUGAAAAUAAUAUGAACGCAGAGAAUAAAACCAUAGAUGUGGAGGAUGAAAAAUAUUCCGUUUCAAGUCUUUUAUGGAGAGAUUUAUAUCCUCAAGUAUUAGCUAGUUGUAUAUCUUUAUUAAUGGUCAUUCAGCCGGGAAUACAUUUAGCGUAUUCAAAUAAUAUGUUGCAUCAUAUGCCAUCAAUAAAUAAAGAACAAUUUUCAUGGAUAACAAGUAUUUCGGUUUUGUGUACACCCGUUGGAGCAUUCUUCGUCGGUUUGGUGAUGGAUAGAAUUGGCCGGAAGAACGCUUGUCUCUUAACUUGCUUACCAUUACUCGCGUCGUGGACAAUAGUGACCAUUUCAAGUACAGAUAACAUUUACACAUGUUAUGUCUUUAGACUGUUGGGCGGGAUCGGUGCAGGAAUGACUACGGUGGGCUUAGUGUACGUGUCGGAAAUCAGUCACUCGUCGUACAAGCAGAUAUUGCUAUCUCUUAAUAGCGUUUUCUUUUCUGGUGGCGUACUACUCUCCACUUGUUUGGUUGACCUGAAAUGGAAUGUCAUAAACUUCUCUUUCGUCAUAUUCACGAUCGUCAACAUGGCGCUUAUAAUAAUUUACUUGCCGGAAAGUCCUAUCUGGAUACUGAAGUUUAAGAGUUCCGAGCACAUUAAUAAAGCUAAAAUAGCGGUGAAACAGAUUUAUCCGAACGAUAAUCAGGUGUUCGAAGCCGAGUGGAGGCGCCUGAAAUCCGCGUCGGACGACGCCGCCGGCCCGGACGUCCAUCAGCCGUCGUUUUUCGAGUCAAUUCGGUCCAAUCCUGCGGCGUACAAGCCGAUGGCCAUACUGACGGUGCUGCUGCUGCUCCAGCAACUGACCGGCGCCUAUUCGAUCAUAUCGUACGCGCUGCCCAUACUGAAGUCGGUGGUGCCCGCCGCUUACCCGCCGGCCAUCGGGAUUCAAUCGCUGGCCGCGCUGGGCAUCGUCAGGUUCGCAUCCGGUGUGCUGGCGUGCGUGCUGUCAUUGCGCGUGGGCCGAAAACCGCUGCUGAUAUUUUCGUGCGUGGCCAUGGCGAUGUCGUCCGUCCUGGUGGCGGCCACCCACCAUAGCCGGGACACGACCGCCGUCCCUUGGUCGCUAUGCGGCGUCAUGCUGUACGUGUUCAGCAGUUCCGUCGGCGUGCUCGUGUUUCCGUGGACGAUGAUAUGCGAACUGCUGUCCACGCCCGUCCGGGCGGUCGGUGGCUGCAUGCUCGUGUCGUACGCUUACCUGAUCAUGUUCACCACGCUCAAGGUGUUUCCGUACGUUUUGGCCGCCGUCUCCGUGCCAAACGUGUUUCUCGUGUUCGGCGCCGUGUCCACGUCCAUGGCCGUAUACGUGCACUUCGUCGUGCCCGAGACGUUGGGCAAGAGCUUUCGAGAAAUAGAGGACUACUUCACGCGACCGAGUAAACCACUGUAAAGCUCGUUCGGAGCAAUACGAUGACAUAAUAUUAUUUAUUGUAUAUACACACUCCCGCACAGCCCUAUAUAUUUGGUGAACAUUUGAAACCGCUCUACUCCUCCUCGUCAACGCUGCGGGUGGAAUUCGAGAGGGAGAACCCGCCUGUAAUUAGUAAAGACGGUUCUAUAUAGAGUUUUUAUACCCUUCUAUCUCUUUUUCUCUCUUUCUACGUAUAUAUUUAUAAAUACAAUAAACAAUAAAUAAAUGUAUAAUUUAUAAUUUUAUAUAAUUAUCGUAUUAGCAAACAUUAAUUUUUCUAAUUACGCCAAGGCUCUCUCAUUCUUGCAUCUCCACUUAUAAACAUGUAUACCUAGAUUAAAAUAUUUCACUAUCAUAGGUAUUAUUUCUAAACUUUAUUGUUAUAUAAUAAUAGACGCAAUUUAUUAAAUUAUAUAAUAAUUAUUUUAAUGUACACAAUAGGUACAUUUUUGGAGAGUAAUAGAAGCCGCUUUCUCGUAUUGUUUUCUAAGUCAUAUACUAAAUUACUUUAUUAAACCAAUUUUGAGACAGUUUUACCAAAAUAUUGAACGUGAAACUGUGGAUGAAAGUAAUGCAAUUAUUUUUAGGUGAAAAGAGGAAACUCUACUUUAUCAUGUUAAAUUUUAGUCUAAAAGAGGGCGCGGGCUAAUAGAGGAAAGUCAUUUUUGGACGAAAGAAGUGGCGUCCAACUGAGGUAUCCUGGCACAAAGUUAUACUUUUACCCUCUCACCUAUUCACACAGGUCUAUUACACGUCCACUGUAGGUAUUAGCGAUAUACGUUGUAUAUUAUAUUUUGUAAUUAUAAAUCAAAUUUUUAAAUUAAUUAUUAUUAUUGUAUACGAACAAUAUGGUAUUGUGAUAACUGAUAAGUGAUUAUAGUUCGGUAUGUAUAAUCUAUUAAUAUUUUUGAGAUGGCAUAUAUCAAAACAAAUGUUAAUCAUUACAAACAAUCAUAAUUCUAAGUAUUAUCUUGUUAUUGUAUACGUUGCGCGUCGUAAUUUUUAUAAUAAUAUGUUAAUUAAGUUAAGGUAAUAUAAUAAUAUGUUUAUGAAUUGUAAAUUCUAGUUUCAAGUGUAUAGGUGCGCUGAAUAUUUAUGAUUAUUUUUGAUAAAUAAUAAACUAUUUCUAUGUAAA